AUGAAACAACGAAUAACUUAUGUGGUGACGAACCCAGAGCAGUUUACUCCUGAUCAGCUUGAUGUUAGCGAAGACAAAUCUGGUCCGUACUUUGCUCUGGACAAUGUCUCUGCUGCGAAGGAACACCGUAUCACACUCGGCCUGAAUGAGCUACCUGAAGAAAUAAGUAAAGUCUUUCAACAAUGGCACGAACUACAUCUACGGUGGACAUCUCCAAGACCUUACGCAUCUACUCCGCCAUUCACAUCACGUGUCUCCCCUGGUCUGCAUGUCUUCUUCACUCCUCUAUCAGAUACACCUGAAGAUGCACUAUGCUCAGGCCUGCACUCCCUCAUCUCCGCGGAUCUGAAAUGCACAACAACAUCAGUCAGCUCUACCAAGAUGCCAGUGCUCUCGGAGCGCUUCUCAAUGUCGGCCACCUCGCAGUACUACAGCUAUUUGGGUGACAUAGAGAGAGUUACGGAUUUCUUUGCAAAGACCGUCUGCAAAGGAGAUGGAGACAGCUAUUGUUUUGAUGCGAUCAAUGCCUUUGCUCCGUCAGAUUACAUCGAUGUGGACUACGAUACUAUCUCGAGAAGCGUUGUUUUAACAGCCGGAUUGCCUAAUGCAGGAUACAGUGAGAAAGGAUGGACAGAGAAAAUCAGGCUGCCGAGCAAAGAAGCGACAGUAGAGAUUGGAGUAUUGAGUUUAGAGGGGAAUGCAGAUCCCGAAGAUGUACAAUUUGGAGGCUUCUUGACAGUGCUAGGACAAGAUGACAAACCGAAACCCACGCGCUUCCAAACCCCAACCCGGCACUAUCCUCUCCUCCAAGCCUCAAACAACCCAACCGCACCACCCAAACUCCACCCUCUAACCUACAGCACCUCCUUCAGCCAACCAACCGGCCUCCACCCAACCCUCACCCUAACCUUCCCAGCGCACCACCUCACCCCGCCAGACCGCUCCUGCAAACUGCACACCCACCUGACCCUCCCCUCCUACCUCUUCAUCGACAAAUAUCAAUUCUCCGACGCCCUGUUCCUCAAAGACAAGAACCUAAAGAGCCUCCGUAGUCUAGCCGGAGCUACCGAUCUCGAAGCUCCAGACUGGGUGGUACCGGCCUGGGGCUCCGCAGCGCUCUUCGAACUCGCCACGCCCAAACCGGAGAAGAUCGAGUAUCCCAAGGUCAGUCUGGGAGAUGGGGAGGAGAGCGUGUGGGAGGACUUGCCGACGCAUCGUGAGGUGCCAGAGGGGGACUGGAAUGUCAGCAUACCGUUGCAUCUACGGUAUAUGCCUGCUCAGGCGUCGACUCAUGCUAGACUGCCUGUCCCUUGGCCUGUUGUGUUUUGGGCUUGUCGUGCUGAUUCGGGGGCGCAGCACACGUCUAAUCCGUUUGAUCGCUUGCAUUUGGGGUAUGAGGGCUUGUUUGGACCCAAGACUAGGUUCAUGCAUGUGGAGCCUAAGGCUUGGAAUCAGACUGAAUCGGGUGGAUUGGUGGAGUGGAUCGAUUUGCCGGUGCUUGAUACGAGGAAGGCUGGUUGGGUUGAGGGAGGGACGGUGGGUGUGGUUUUGUUCGCGUUUGUGGGGCUGUGUUGGGCGUUGUUUGGGAAGACUGGGAAGGGGGAUGUUAAGGAUGACAAGAAGACGCAGUAG